AUGUCUAGAAUACGGGGAAUAGAAGCUAAAGUGCAAAAAGAAAUAGAAGAUAACCUGGAAAACAGACGAAAUAAAUAUAAGGAAGUAAUCAAAAAGAAGAACGAGAUAUGCAGUAAAGUUGAUAGCGAAAAGUUACAAAUUGUCGAAUUGUUGUACAAGCUGCCGAAGUUGGAUAAGAUAUUCGACGUGCAUCGUAAGAUAGGAGAGGGCACGUUCAGCUCGGUGUACCUGGGCUCGCUGAAACAACACGCGCAGCUGCCUGACGACCAGAAGCGAUGGUUUGCGAUCAAACACCUCGUCCCGACCGCACACCCUGCCCGUAUAGAACAUGAACUAAGAUGCCUCCAAGACAUAGGGGGCAAGGACUAUGUAAUUGGUGUAGAUCUGUGCCUUAGACAUCUGGAUACUAUAGUUUUUGUAAUGCCGUAUAUACCUCAUAGAAAAUUUUCCGAAUAUGUGGGUGAUAUGGAUGCGGAGGAGGUCCGUUGUUACAUGAGGGCCCUCCUGGUGGCUCUGCGUCAUGUACACUCUUUUGGAGUGAUACACAGGGAUGUAAAACCAAGCAACUUUCUCUAUGACAGGGAGAACAGAAGGUACUUAUUGGUUGACUUUGGUCUGGCGCAACGUGUGGUGACUGACGGACCCUCGCCACCCGUCCCUCCUCCAGCACACGCCAACAGUCUCAAGAGACCCAGGGAAGAGGAUGAGAAUGUUCAGAGUGAGAAGAGGUUUGCCCUGGACCUGUCCACUCGGUCUCGGAGCACCAGCAGCGCCGCUCAGUCUCCUAAAAAAGUCUCAUUACCGAAGGUGCAAAUAUCUAAGCAGAAAUUACCUAAAGUAACACCCGGUGUCUGUUCUUGUUCUAACGCGGGCAGCGUGUGUUCCCCGUGCGGCGCCCGGGCCGCGGCUCGAGCGCCCCGCGCCGGCACCCAGGGCUUCAGACCUCCAGAGGUGCUGCUCAAGAGCCCGCGCCAGGGCCCCGCCGUGGACACGUGGGCGGCGGGCGUGGUGCUGGCCAGUAUGUUGACCGCGCGCUACCCCUUCUUCCGCGCCUCCGACGACGCGUCAGCUCUAGCGGAGCUGGCCGACCUUCUAGGCACGCUCCCCCUCCAGCGGACCGCCGCCUCCCUCGGUCGUCGUAUGGUCACGUCUCAGCCUCGCCGCGGCCUGUGUCUCCGUAAGCUGGCCGCUCGUCUCCGCGGCGCCGCCCCCCCCGGCCCGCCUCCCCCCGCGCUCCCCGCCUGUCAACAUUGUCACCUGCCCCUACCACACUGUCUCUGUAGGGACGACACCGUGAAGCCGACCAACAUCACACCCAACCUGACUAUCGCCGGUUUCCCCGACGAAGCCUUCUCCCUGGCGGCGCAUCUGUUGGAGCCCGACCCUCGAGCUCGAGCCUCCGCUCAGGACGCGCUGGCACACCCGUUCCUCGCCGACUGA